UGCAGCACGGAAUGGCACGAUUUGUAUCUGUUAUAAAAUGUAGUUGUGUAGAUACAUAUUUUUCUCCUGUGAACUAUAAAGUCGGGUCCAGAUUUCGUCUUGGGUUGUUCUUUUCGUCCUGACAGACAAAGUGAAUGGCCCAUGAUGCGCACGUCAAGAUUAUCGACCAGAACUUCUCCCUGCUAUUACGUGAUCUACUGUUGACCCCGCAGUUCUUCAGUCUUCUGGAGACCAACGGCGUCUUUCCUAGCGACGAGGUCGAAAAAAUCAAGAGAGAAUCCACCAGUGCCAGGAGGAAGGCUCGAGUGUUGACCCUCCUGAGGGAGCAGGGUUCGGACGUAGUGGACAGGUUCUGUGGCGUACUGGCGGACACUGACCAGGCAGCCCUGGAGAGGCUACUAAGGGCCGGGCACAGCCGAGGGGAUGGGAGCACGGUUGAGGUAAACCGGCUGGUCAUCUCACACGACGAGGACGCCAGGUCGCCUUCGUCAUCAGAGCGAGACAGUCCGAUACUGGACCCAGCACUCAGACUUCCCUCCAGAAAGAAGUCUAAAAAGCUGCUCAAAUUCCUUGAAGAAGCGGGCCCAAGUACAGCAGCACUCGACGUCACCCUGGGACGGAGAUCUAUAAAGGCGGGAAAUUUAAACAUGAGCAGAUCUCGUGCCCAGUCCCUCGAGAAGGUUCUGUUGCGGGAGAGAGUGAGAGACUUGCAGAAACACUUGGCAAAAGACUUGAAGAUGAAGGAGAGAAGACUUGCGGCGGUGGACCAGUCCAUGACGAUCAGGGAACAGGGUACGAGGAUACAGACGCUGGAAGCGGAGGUCGACAAGUUGAGAGAUGAGAGACAGACUUGGUACAUGGCGAGAGACAACUCUGCGAGAGAUAGACAGCUGUCAAGUAUAAAGAUCUCCAGUCUUGAGAGAGACGUGCAGAGCUUGGCGCACGAGAGAGACCUCAUGAAAAGACAACGGGACCAGGCCGUGAGGGCCGAGUGGCUGGCAAACAAAGAGAAGGACAAGCUGGCGAGAGCAAGAGACGAGAUACUCGACAGGGAGAGAGACAAUGACAAGUAUAUGAGUGAAAGAAACGAGGCCAUGGCAACUAUCGCGAGAUUACAGCACGAGAUUCGGCAUCUCACAGGCGAGCUGGAGAGGAGGAACGGGAGGCCUAGGACCUUCGAGAUGCAACAGACAAAGACAGAGCUUCAAAACGCCCUCUUGGAAAGGGACCAGGUAUUGCAGCAGCGAGGCGCCGUUAUGUCCGAGUUGGACAGUGUGAUCGGGGAACGAGACCUUGCAGUCAAGGAACGAGAUGACGCCUUCGCGGCAAUGGAGAGGGCUUUGGAGGACAUUAGAAGAGCGAACCAAGAGAAAGAGGCUGCACAAUAUGAGCUGGCGCAAGCCGUUCGGGAGAAGGAAGUGACCGCCAGGGAACUAGAUCACGCAUCGCAACAGGCAAAGAAGCAAUAUAAUGCCGCGGUGCUGGAGCGCGACCAGGCUGUGCGUGAGCGCGCGGCGGUCGUCUUUGAGCGGGACCGCCUGGUCAAAGAACGCGACCAAGCCGUCCUGGAGAGAAACCAGGCAGAGACAGCCAGGGAAACGGCUGUCAAGGACACCGAGAGAGCAAACAAAGAGAAAACCGCCGCACAAUUUGAAUUGGAACGAGUGACCCGCGAGCAGGAAGCACUAUCCCGGGAACGAGAGCAUGCUCUGCAAAAGGCAAAGAAAGACUACCACGACGCCAUCUUGGAGCGGGACGAGGCAGUGCGCGAGCGCGGGACAGUCAUGCUAGAGUGGGACAGGGUCAUGAAGGAACGGGACACCGCCGUCAGGGAACGGGACCAGGCCCUCCGAGCUCAGGACAAAGCUGCAAAAGACAUGGAGAGAGCAAGAAGAGAGAGGGAUGUUGCACAUUUUGAGCUAGCCAGACUUGUUCAGAAGAACGAAGCCAUCAACCGGGAACGGGAACACGCCGUCCGGGCGAACAAGAUGGCGACGUUCGAGCGAGACCGAGCCGUGAAGGAGAGAGACGCGGCGCUGGUGGACCUACAGAAGGCGGUACAGGACAGGGCCAGGGCCGUGGCGGAGUGGGAGAGAGCCGCCAAGGAACAGGAUAAUGCAUUGGCCGAUAGAGAAAGAGCCAUCCAGCUACAGCAAAAGGCGCAACAGGAGAGAGACAAGGCUGUGCACGACAAGGAGGAGAUGCACAGAGUCAUGGAGGAGGAGAGAAGCAAUGCGCAUCGAGUCCGCCAGGCGGCGCUGCAGGAGCGCGACUACGCCAUCCAGGCAGCCAGAGAGGCUGUUCGCCAGAGGGACAAGGCGAGAGAGGCGGAAACAAUUGCGCUGAAAGAAAAGGACGACGCCGUUAAACACAAGGAAGAGGCGGAGUCUGCCCGAGACCAGGCGGUGCAGGAGAAAGAGGAGGCCGAGAGACUCAGGGAAGCUGCCGGUCAAGAACGGGACGCCGCGGUAGCUGACAGGGACUUAGCGAGGAAAGAACAACAGGAAGCUAAUAAGAGACGGGACAACGCAAUCCUCCAGAAGGAGUUGGCCAUGAAGGAAAGAGACAACGCGUUACAGGAGAGGACAGCGGCGCAGCACGAGAGAGAUUAUGCCGUUAAGGCAGAGAAGGAAGCUCUCAGAUUAAAAGAGAAAGCAGAGAAGGAGAUGGCAGAAGCUAUCGCUAAGCGCGAAGAAGCUAUGAACGAAAGAUACGAGACUCGCUUGGAAACCGAGAGAGCUUUGAAAGAACUAAAGGAAGCCAUCGUGACACGGGAGGCGGCGCUAGAAGAGGCUCGGGCCGCGAAGGAACAGCAGGAUGAGACCCUGAAAGAAAUGGAAGAAGCAUUUAAGGAGCGAGAUUUGGCUGUUCAGGCCAAAGACGCCGCGGUGUUUGAAGAGAAAGCAGCCGAGGAGGAGCGAGAUCUCGCGGUACACGAAAGAGACAAGGCACUGGAACAGCUCAGGGAAGCGAUCAAUGAAAAAGACCGGGCGACCCAACACGUAAGAACCGCCCAAGAACAGCUAGUGGCCGCGUUGAGCGAUAAAGAGACGCUGGCUUCAGAGAGAGAUAGUGUCGUGCAAGAGCGCCACCGUGCGGUUGAGGAGCGAGACGCAGGUAUGGAGGCGGAGCACGCCAGGGCCAUGUUUGCCCGUAUUUCAAAAGACUCUGACGAAGCACGCAAGGACUUAGAGACGGCCGUGAAGGAACGCCACAAGGCUCUACGUGAGCGAGACGAGGCCGUGGAGGCCAAUGUCAAGGCCAUGAUGGAGAAGGACAAGACUCUGAUCAGUAUGGAGAAGAUGACAGAAAGACUGAACAUGUCCAAACGGGUCCGGGACGCCGCCAUACGAGAGAAGGACGAUGCUGUCAAGCAUAUGGAGCGAGUGAGGAAAGAGCGAGACCUUGCCAUGAUGGAGCUGAAUCAACUUAAGAGGAAUGCCAUCACGAUAGAGGUGGACAGGGCGGGGGGAGGGGGGCGUCCCACCGUACACGUGGCCAGGUCUGCCCCCACUAGACAUCCCGACGGACAGGAGGGCGGAAAGGAGGGACAACGCGAAAAGAAAUAAAACUUGAUUAUGUGAUUCAUUGGAGAUUUGUAAUACAGGAAAAAAUGUAAAGGAUGUUCCAACAUGUUUGUGUUUGGAGUCUCGAAUGAAAUGUAGAGAUCUUUUUUAUCACUGUAUCAA